AAAUCUAAUAUCUGGAGUCCACUGGUUCUACUUAAGGAUGAAGGCAAUGGCAAAAGAGUCAUUUCAGCUCCUCACAAUCCUAUAAAUUCAGUAUGCAGCAUCGAAGAGUAGUACCAACUUCAAUUCCUUCUCCAAACCAUACCAAAAAUAAAAACCCAAUUAAAUCAGCUUCGAACAUGGAAGACGCCACCGGUUCACGGCAGCAGCAGCAGCAGCAGGGCGAGGCCGCGGAACAACCGGUUCGGUCGCGGUGGACGCCGAAGCCUGAGCAAAUCCUGAUCCUGGAGACCAUCUUCAACAGCGGCAUGGUCAACCCUCCCAAAGACGAGACCGUCCGCAUCCGGAAGCUUCUAGAGAAAUUCGGCUCCGUCGCCGACGCCAACGUCUUCUACUGGUUCCAGAACCGCCGCUCCCGCUCCCGCCGGCGCCAGCGCCAGGUCCAGGCCUCCCUCUCCGCCGCCGACCACCCCUCCGCAAUCCACUACGAUCACACCUUUUCCCCCAAUUCCCUCUCCUACACCAUGCCCAAUCCAGGCUCCUCGUCCUCGUCCUCUUUCGGCCAUAAUUCGGGCGGGUUCUCGGGCUAUCCCGGGCUUAUGCAGGAGUUCGAGCAAAACCCCAUUUUCGAAGUCCAAUCUCAAAUGAUGACGGUGUUCGUGAACGGAGUGGCGACGGAAGUGGGGAGAGGGCCGGUGGAUGUGAAAGCGAUGUUUGGGGGAGAUUUUGUGGUGUAUCAUUCGUCGGGAUUGGCGGUGGAGAUGAACGAAUACGGAAUUCUGAUGCAGGGUUUGCAGCACGGUGAAAGCUACUUUCUGGUUCCAAGGCUUCCUUGAGUUUGAAUUGGGAGAUUCCAUCAUAUAUAUAAAGCAAAACUGCUAUUGCCUUAGAAUUAUACCUUGAUCUUGUACUUUUCUUGUUUUUCUUUCUCAUUAUAUUGCUCUUCCUUCUUUAUGAAAAUUAUUUCUUAAGCAGUAGCUAGUCUAUCUAUCUCUCUCAUUGUAUGUAUGUAUAUAAUAUACUAUUACGAUAUAUGAUCGAUCCAGUUUGAAUAAUGUUGUUGCA